AUAUAGAAGAAGAUACAAAUACAUAUGAAAGUUUAAAACAAUCUAUUUAAUGAAAAAAUAUACCGUAAACUCAUUAUGUUUAAAAAAGUGAUAGACACAUAUAUAUUAUAAUAUAUACCAAUUUAUAAUUGAAAAUAAAAUUUUUAUAUAAAAAUAUUUGAAAACAAAAACCCGCGCGGUUGCGCGGGUCGAGAUCUAGUGUUAUAUUAAAUGAUACACAAAAUAAACCAUUUAAUUAAGCAAACUUUAAUUAUUAUUUUUUAAAUAGACGUUCUUCUUGCCAUAUUUGUUUUUCUGUUUUUUUCUCUUAAUUAAAUAGAUGUGUAAACAAGUGAUACUAUAACAAUGGACUCAAAUUAUCAGUUGCUCAUAUUCUACAUUUUUAUUUCUAUCGAUCUUCACCGAAAUUAAUGUGACUCAUGGCUUGUAUCCCAUGUUUUUUUUUUUUGCUUUUUAUUCAGUAAGUUUUUUUAUUUUUAGAAAUUUAUGAAAUCGAACAAAAAAAUUAUCAUAAAUUAGGCUGUGAAGACAUUUGACAAUUUAUGAAAUCUGAACAAACAAAUUAUCAUAAAUUAGGCUGUGAAGACAUUUGACAAAGGGAAUAUGAUGUUGAUGUUAACAUAGUUUUAUCAUAUGUAUUUUCCUAUCAUACAAUGUAUGUUUUCUUAUAAAAAAUGCCACAAAAAUGUAAGAUUAGUAAUCAACCAAAUGGACUGAAUGAUAUUUGAACCAAGCUAUCUUGACAAUUUUAGUUAUUGGAAGUUGAUCUGUAAAAACAAUAUUUUCAAGAAUAAUAUGAUAUUUUUAUCUUUGUGAUUUAUUUUAAAAUAUAUCUAAUUCUUCGAUUUACAUAAUUAAAUUCUAGUAAAAAAUAGUUAUAAUUAAGGGCAUCAAUUUUUCAAUGUGCUUUAGGCGCCACGUAAGUCCGGACCGGCACUGAUACGCAUCAUCUUCAUCAUCGUCCAGUAAAGAUGUCUUUGAGGUGACCCCUCUUGUUCUUGAUCAUCUUAUAGAACUGUUAUCAGCCCUUUCCUUAGGGUUCUUAACGACUACCAGAUUGGUGUUCCUCCCUCUUUACAAUUUUUUUUUUUGGUAAAAUCUUUACAAAGACUUUUAUAAUGUUACUUAUGAUCAAUAUGAAAUCAACUUUUCCCAAAACUAUUAACUUGCUUAAAGCUCCUUGUUUCGUCGUCUUGACAAUUAUCAUGACGGAGAAAACCCUAAGCCCUUUUAUGUUCCCAGCCAAUUGGAAAACUUAGAAGCAAAUAUUAAAUAUCUACAUAUUCUCCAUGAUGGUGAUAUAAAAUAAGGUCUUAUAAUACCAUCUGCCCAAGAAACAUGCGAUACAUUUACAAAACUGCCAUGAUCUAAACUCAGAAUGAGUUUGUGUUUUACUCUAAUGGUUUACCUCAUUUUUUCAUUCAAAGAAGAAUAUUUUAAAUAUAUUAUAUUAUUAAUACUUAUUGUCAGUUCUAAUAAUGCUGUUAUUUUAAAACCUUACAAAUUAUAUUUUCAAAAUAACGAUCCAAUACAUGUUGUUACAAAUAUAAAAUAAUACUGUAAUGCUCUUAAAAAAUAACCAGCCCAACCUGCUUAAAAAAUAAUAAAAUAUUUUUAUUAUUCAACGUCGAAAAGUAACUCGUGUCUAGAAGAAAAAAAAAAUUAUUGUCUCAAUAAUUUUUAGAAUAGUGAAAUUCACCAUCUCUUAUAUUAUCAAAACUCAAAACAAAACAAAGGAGUGAUGUUCCGUGCUCUUCACUCCACAUUGUUUUGAAAAGACUCCUACAUUUUCUUAACACACGCGCGAGAUUUCAACGAUUCGGUUAGUGCGAAGCUUCACACGCGCCUAAAAGCCCUAACGGUCAAAGCAGCAACCAACAACCUCGCGCCAUUAUAUAUAAGAUUCUGUAACUAGUUCUUCUUCGCUCUCAUUUAUCUUUCUCUCUAGACACUUCUCUCAUCUCUGGCCAUGGCUACUUCUCCAUCUGAUAAACUUGUCCAAGAACAAGAAGUGGGAACAGAUGAGGUUGUUGAUCCCGCCAAAACAACCGACGAAGAAGAUGAAGCGCGAACAGAGGAAGAAGAAGUGAGAACAGAGGAGGCUGAUCCCGAAAAAACAACCGAGGAAGAAGAUGAAGUGCGAACAGAGGAAGACAAAGCGCGAACAGAGGAAGAAGAAGUGAGAACAGAGGAGGUUGAUCCCGCCAAAACAACCGAGAAAGAAGACGAAGUGAGAACAGAGGAAGAAGAUGAGCACAAGGAAGAAGCUAUCGAGAGCCUUCUUGAUUCUACUCGUAAUCUCAACAUAGAAGACGAAGAGUCCGACCAACAAACUGAGAAUCAGAAUCGUCAAGAAGAUCCGAUCACGACUCGUAGGAGCGAUCAAACAAUGGACCGUGGCUCAACAUCGCUUACAAGUGACCAGAACCGUCGUCUUGAUUCUGAUCCCAACACUUCUCCUAUUAGUCUCAGCGUACAAGAGUCCGACCAAGGAACUGAGAACAAGAAUCCUCAAGAACAGUCAAUGAUUCCUAGGAGCGGUCAAAGGAUGGAACGUGGCUCCACAUCGUCUGCAAGGGAUCAGAACCAAAACCGUCCUCUUGUUCUUCCGAAUCCUCCUCCUCAACAGAUGAUGAUGCCUCUUCGUCUUGGCCCAAGCGUGCCUCCAUAUCAGCAAAACCCUUACGGUUUACCCCAGCCAAGAUGGCUCGUAGUAGACCACUUCUACUCAGACGGGCAUGGUCUAUACGGUGCACAAUGGAGAUUCCGAACCAUAACUCCUUUUCUCCCAAACCAGAACACAUAUCCGCAUCAGCUGGUGCCGAUGGAGCUGCCCGGUCAGCCUGGAACUGAAUUAGUAUGCUACAGCCAGUCGUUCGGCGUGCUUCACCAGGGCCAGCUCGUUCCCCACCACGAAGCUCAUCCGAUGAGGCCGCAGCAACAGAACCAGUUUCGAAGCCUACCUCCAAUGAGGCCAAUGCUGCCACAGGACGACUUCGUUGUCCUUCUAGGUCAAGUCCCGGUGAGGCCAAUGAUGUAUUACCAGGAACAGAACCAGAUUGUUCCCAACGCGGGCAUACAAGCUCCGGCGAGGCCAAGUCUACCCCAAGUCAGAGCUCCGAUGAUGCAGCCACCGGUGCUUUUAUAUCCGCCACCUAUAGUUAACGCUGUACCAGUGAGGCCAAUGAUGAACCAAGGAGGAGGACAACGGUUUAGGUUCCCCAUGAUUCAGCACCACCAAGGUUCUCCCAGUGCAGCAUGGCAUGAGCAGAAUCAGCAACUUCAGUCGCCAAGGGAGUCUCAGGGUUCCAACGACGGACCGUUUUCUUCUGGCGGAAGUCAAGACUAGAGCAUAAGAGGUGUUAGGUAAAAAGUUUUUAAAAAAUACGAUUCUCUGGAUACAAAAUGAUCUCAGAUUGAUUUUGAUAAUUGUAAAUGAAAGGUUGAUUACUCUUUUUUAACUCAAACAUCUGUUUAGAAGUUUAAAAGGAAGCGUUAUCAGGUUAUGUCUCAUCGUUACGACUAGCUCCUAUAGUUCCUUCUCCGUCGAUAAUGUGUAUUUCAUAUGGUCUUUUUUUUUUGAACAACAUAUUUCAUAUGGUCUAAAUGAAUUUUUAAAUGAAUCACCUUUUGAAUAAUGUAAACGGGCCAGAGAGAAAUCGGAGAGAGGCCUUUUACUGUAAUAAACAAGCCCAUUAAGUAGACUUUAAACCGUAACAGCGUCCCACACCGGCUGUGUAAGAAGAAGAGGCUGCGUUUAUAUAGCGACGGAGUCACGAAGGUGAUUGUCCCUUCGGGGACAUCCGAUAAAAUUGGAACGAUACAGAGAAGAUUAGCAUGGCCCCUGCGCAAGGAUGACACGCACAAAUCGAGAAAUGGUCCAAAUUUUUUUUGUUCUUUAUUUUUCUUCCCAAUUCGAUUCCGACGAAAAACCCUAGAAUUCCAGCUGAAUCAUCGUCAAAUUGGAUUUGUUCCCAUCUCUGGUAAGUUUUAAUCUCUUACGCUUCGAAUCUCGAGGUUGAUUUCAAAUUUAGGGAACCCCUUUCGUUAUUGCAGUUCUGAUGUUUCGUUGUCAAAACUGGUUGUGUUCCUGUUUUGUUUUCUUACAAGAUUAAAAAGUAUACAACUUUUAGGAUAUGUUUUGUCUUGAACUCGGGAUUUAGUCAUAUGAUAUUUUGAUUAGUUAACUCUUAGUGGUUGAAAUCAUUUACUUAGAACCUGCCCACACUCUGCUGCAAAAUGUCUAUUGUAUCAUUCACCUUUUGAAAUAUGGAGAGUCGUUUUUAUGAACGUUCUGUUGAUUCUAUCAAAUUCCUUUGUAUUAAUAGGUUUGGUGACUUUGGUCAAUUGCAUAGAAAAUUUCAUGCGUUUAUGUGUACAAAAAGAUUAAGAAUCUGAAUCUGGCUUGGUGUUGAAGAGACAAAUUCAAUUCGAUUCCUUUCUGAAUCAGUAUAUCAUUCUUGGUGAUGGAUUUAGGAAAUGAGAUUAAUGUGGCCUGUUGUUGUUAGAUAUGGCUUUAUUUUGCUAUGUUUCACCAUAUUUUGAAUCAGUAUAUUCAUUGAAUUCAAUUCAGUUCGAUUCCUUUCUGAAUCAGUAUGUAUAUUCAUUGAAUCAGUAUAACUAGUUCUGUCAACUCUUGUUUUCAUUUGUACAAAAGAUUAAUGUGGCCUUUUGUUGUUA